UGCUGUAGUACUUCGUACCGUCACUCUUUCCCUCCGUCAAUCAUCGUCUUUUUGCAUCCUCGCAAUCCAUCCUGUCUGACUGACUGCUGGCUCUUUCAAGGGACAAGACUGCCCACCAGCCCACCUACCAAAGCAAAGAAGCAGGUCAACCAUCCACCCAGGCCACCGCCCACCACAACUGCGACGCGACGCGACACCACGCUGCAACUGCACCACCCGACCUGCCUCGACCGUUGCAGUCCUCGUGACACUCGGCUCCAGCUCCAGCUCCAGCUCCAGCUGCAGAACCCCCCUGUGUCAGCAGGCCAGGCAGCUCAGCUCCUGCCAAGACGAACCGCCAGAACGGGCACUUGGGCACGUCGAGAAAAUCCAGCGAGGGCUUCCAACACCACCAACAGCCCUGUCGAACCCGCCCAUUCAGCACUUCACGAGGUCAUCUCGCCGCAGAUGCAUCCUCAAGGCUGAUCCAUAUCCUCUCUCUCUCUCUCGCCCCGGUCUCCCCGACUCUCUUCUUCCGCCUCUCGACCGGUCCCACAAGCUGCCAUCUCUGCCUCGCUCCAACCUGCCGCGACGCCCCGCCUGUCAUAGCUCCCUGCUCCCUGCUCCUCCCUUCGCAGCUGCCAGUCGCCCGGGGAUAGCUGCCACAACGGAGCCGACCAAGUUCCACCUCGUACGCCUGUCAAGACCACUUCUCUCUGAUCAUCGGUAGCCUCGCCGAACCCAUCUCGAAGCCGCCAGCUCGGCCUGUCUCGACACCGACCGACAACCGGCGUCGAGCUCAGCAGCGAGCCCCUCCAUCCCCGCUCCUCCUCCGCCCACCACCCAAGACGGCGGCUCCGCCAGCCUCGCACAUAGCUACUUCGACAUGUGGGCUAUUUUCAAGGUCCUCUCUGGCGCAGUCUACCUGCUGUCCAUCAUCCUCUCAAUACCCAUCGCUUUCGAUGUCGGCGGUCGCGACUCGGGCCUUGCCUACAGCCUGUCCAUCUUUCUCUUCUACUUUUUCUACAGCUUCCUCAAGGCCAUAACACCCCCCAACUCGCGCGUGCGCUGGACUUUGACCAACAUCCUCGGCGCUCUGCAGUGGCUUGUCCUCCCUAGCCUCCUCAUCUGGUCCCUCAGCCGCUUCUCCGUCGAUGCCGGCUCCACGGAUUGGGUCUCGAGGACCCUGGGCCUCGUUCGACCCGCCGCGAAAUACACCGACAGCUGGCACGAGUGGUUCUUCGGUCAGGGUGGCAUGCUGGAACACCUGACCCUGGGGGGCUGGGACAGCGGCCUGAGCUAUUCGAGCCCCAUCUUCCAGCUGCUCGAGGGCUUCUGCAGCCUGCUGGUCAUCCAGGCCGCCGGCCAGAUCACUCGAUGGCUCGUUAACAGGGGCCGGAGUGACACCUGGAUAAUCGUGCUCGUUGUUUUCUCCGGAUCCAUCACCGCCACCGCCGUCUUCUUCCUCUGGCGCGUCGCCAGGUUCCCACAGAUCGGCAACCUCGACGCGACCCUGAUCGGCGUGACUAUCACCUCGGCCGUCUUCCUCUGCGCCUUCGGUAUCGGCAGCGGUAGGGGCAACCCCGUCGAAUCCUCCCUCCUGUUUGCAUACAUCGUCCUAUGCAUCUAUCAGAUCUUCACAGACUAUCUUCCUUCGCCCGAAGGAGCGGCUGCCCAGGCCGCCGCCGGGGAACACGCCGCAGCCGCACAGCCCGAGUUCCCUCCCCUGCCACCUGUCAUUAUGGCAUCCUACUCGACCCUCCUGCACAUGCUGGGCCAGCUCCCCGACGCCCUCAGCUCCUCCCUGACCUUCUUGUGGGCCGCCUUCCAGACCAUCACGCCCAGCGUCAUAAUAUCACUCACCUAUCGCAUCAUCGUGUUUUACUGCGCCACCCGGAUCAUACCCGCCGUGCGAGAGUCGGGUGCCAGGGCCCUCAUGGAUGAGCCUUCCAACCUCGAUGAUUCUUCCGACGCGGCCAACAAGCUCAUGAGCUUCCUGUCGUGGUUCUCGCCAUCCAUCCUGAUCGCCGUCUACACGAGCCUCCUGCUGCAGCACUUCUCCGUCGCCGCGACCGAUGGCGACAGCAUCGGCUGGACUCUUAGGGGGGGCGACGCCGGCGGAAAUCUAUGGCGCUGGAUGAACGUCGCCGCCACAAUGGGUCUCUACGCCAUCGAGCUAUACCUGGGCAAGGAUGAGGUGGACCACUGGAAGAUCGACUGAGCUUUUGACCGAGAUGGGGUGCGUGACAUGUCUCGGUGCGCCCAACGCGUUUGCCUAUUAGGCGACGAGUUGUGAGCAGGACAUGGUCAUUUAUUUGUGAUGCCUGGCCGUCUCCCUCUACAGCAUGGAGAUGAGUGCACACAUUUAUAUAAAUCCAGGCUUUUGGUCCGCUCCGAUUACGACAGAGCGCACGCCUGAUGGCCGAGUAUGUGCCCAAAAUUGGGUAGAUGGGAACAGGCAUGCGCGGCUAUACUGUAGUCCGAAUACGAGCGAGACAACACCAUUACCUGGGUGGCAAGGACACCCUCCAGUCACCAGAGGACGAACGUCCCUUGGAGAGUUGAUUGGGAGUCCGAAAGAAGCGCCCGGGGACAAAUAGAUGAUAAAUCCCGGGAUACAACAGUUAAGGUAGUGAUUCGAGAAUGGAUGGAUGCACAACGAGGCUAGGGACGUGCAGAGCCUCGAUGCUUGGCGCAACAGAAUACUAUGGGACUCAAUCCAGCACAGUGGUGGUGGAUGCGGUGCGGUUCUUCAUGCUCCUGAACAGGGAAUAUGCAGUCCAGGCCAGCGUGUUUGAACCGGCCCGCUGCUAUAUCUUUUUUUCCUUUUGUUUUGAUCUCUCUAAUCCGAGAUCUCAUGGGAUGAAUGGGUGGAUAUCCCAUCCAGUAUCAAUCAGUUAAACAAUACAUAGCAAUUACCAUCCAAUUAAGAACA